AUGGAUCUCCCCAACAAUUCCAUUGUAAAUCCUCUUGCACCUCUGCCCACUCAGCAGAAAAAGGGUGGGGGCCACAGUGCUGGCCAGAAUGCAAAACCAAAGAAUCCCAUCCCUCAGUCUUCAACAGCAGUAGCAACACCUGUCUUCCAUCAGCACCCCACAGACUCCCAUCGCUUUGGUUUCAGUGUUCUGGUUCAACAGCCAGGUCAUAUCAUGCCUCCUGGGAUGGAACCUGACCUUCAAGUGCUCAAUAAUCCUUAUACUUAUAUUGCUGCAAUUUGGGGUGACCAAGUUCCCAGUAAUACAUCUCAUCUGCCAACACCCCAGCCCAACUACCAGUCUUGGUUUAUCCCCCACCAGCCACCUGCUACUAUCCCCAACUCUUGUAUUGACCCCUCCCUUGAUAGCUCGCUCUCAUCGAGACAAACUUUGGCAACCACUGACAUUCACCACAAGAGUUCAGAGAAGCUGUCAUCAGAGGGCUCCUCAGAAGAGGAGUCAGAGUCCUUGAGUAAUAACCCAUCGGAUGCAGAGGCUGGCGAGGUCUCUGGCAAUGAGUUCAACAAAGAUGAGGAUGAUGCAUUUGGAUGGGGUGCAACGAAUCUUAGGCAAUCAACUCAUCCUGGUACAUGUCAGAGCUUACAAUCCAAGGACAAGGCUCAGCCAGAGGGUUCCCAACAUGGCACUGCCAUUGAUGUUCUUGAACGCCACCAUCGCACUAAUGGCCGCCCCAUUCCCAAUCGUGAUCUUCUGUCCCUUGUGCAUGACUCGGUCAACAAAGUAUCUCAGUGUGCCAGAGCCCCUCAUAACUCCAAGAAAGCUAAGGAUGAGGGCCCAUUGCCUUCACAACUGAGAUUUUACAAGGCAGUAUGGAAGGACUGUCUUGAAGACGCUAAGCAAGAAUGCAGGGCUGCACAUGCACUUUCUAACCUGUUCCCAUUGAAAUCUCAUGACCUCAACCUCUCCAUAACAGAGGUACUUAUCACUGUUGUCAUUGAGUGGAAUCAACACAGUGUGCAAUUUGAAGAUGGUUACUGGCCUGACCACAAGCAAGAUAUGGCAUGCCUUGUUCAUGUACAAUGGAUAGAGACUGCUGCCACAAAGCUCCUUGACAACUCGCUUUUCCUGCGAGACAGUUUCAAUGAGAAUGGAAAAACCAGGAAUUUCACUCACCCUGCCCUCAAGGAAGCUGUCAUACAAUUCUACUAUACCAGGACCUAUCAAAUUGCAGAUAAGCAUCCUGAGUCCUUCAACAAUUCAGUUCCCCUUUCCUGUCUGGCUCUCAUUGCAGCUGCAUAUCAUUGUGUGUUGGAUGGAUUUGUGAAGAAUGGCACAGGAAAGACAAUGCCUCAAUUCUCCAGCAAGGCUUACAAUUCCAUUUUCCGUGGCAUGAUGAAGGUGCUGAAUGACAUCCUUCAUAAUCCCUAUCACAGUGCAAGGUUGCACAAUCUGCUUUCUCAGUGGGCAAAGGAAGGAUGGGCUGCACUGCAAGAGGUUGAUUUGAAUGUAGAGAGGUACCAGCACAUUCAGUACACAAUUGAUGCCAAUGUUCCUGUUCUUGUCAUACCUGCUGUGAACUGUUCCUAG